AUGGGAUUGGGAAAAUCCUCGCACUUCGUCGAAAGCCGACGCAUACGUGUCCUCAAGCUCUACUUAAUGAUGACCCCGGCAGCGACGCAGUCGCUUCAAGAGAAGCAGCGCGAGAAUCUGCUGCGCAUGCUGGAUUUUAACUCGGAGAGCGCCGGUGGCUUCGCGGAUGCCGCCCAGGACUCCGUUGAGCGUUGGGGCGACCAAUGGAAGGUCCUCAUCUAUGACCGAUUCUGCCGCGACAUCAUCUCGCCCAUCCUCAAGCUGCAUGAGCUGCGUAAGAAGGGCGUGACACUACACAUGUUGCUGGACACGGAGCGCGACGCUAUCCCCGAUGUCCCAGCCAUUUACUUUGUAGAGCCUACACGCGAAAACCUCGAGCGUAUCGUCUCAGACUGCUCAAAGGAGCUCUACAGCUCAGUGCAUCUCAACUUUGCCUACCCGUUGAGUCGCGAGUCGCUCGAGUAUUUGGCUCGCGCUUCAGUGGAAGCUGGUUGCACCAGUAUGAUUGCCAAGGUAUACGACCAGUACACGAACUUCGUGUCGCUAGAGCCGAGUCUAUUCUCGCUGAACCUCACCGACAGCUACCGAGCGUACAACGACCCAAAUGUGGCGGAUGUACAGAUUGAGCAUUCGAUGAGUGCCAUUGUUAGGGGACUAUUUUCUGUGCUGGCUACAAGCGGAAGCGUGCCAGUGAUUCGCUGUCCAAACAAUGAUGGACCGUCUAGAAUGGUGGCGGAGCAACUUAGCUCCACGAUUCGCGAGCACCUGAAUGUGAGGAACGGCGUCUUCACUGAGAACACCUCUAACUUUCAGCGUCCACUGUUGAUCAUCAUGGACCGCAAUGAGGAUAUCGCCUCGAGUUUGUAUCACCCGUCGACAUACCAGGCGCUAGUUGAUGACAUCUUGUCUAUCCAGAUGAACCGCGUUAAGGUGACUGUGAAAGCUUCUGGUGGAGACGAGGGGGGUAAUGACAGCCGGUCGAUGGAGCGCACGUACGACUUGGACGUGACAAGCGACAAAUUCUUUGAAACGCAUGCCGGCAGCCUGUUUCCGGACGCUAUCGAUGCUAAUGAAGAGGAAAUGAAGCAAGUCACGCGAAAGGAGGAGCAGAUUCGAGCACAAACCGGUGGCAGUGAUACACUGAUGAAUGGCACCAAGGAUCUUGUGGCUGCUGUCGACACGCUGCCGGCUCUAGUGGAGAAGAAGAAAAUGCUGGAAGUGCAUACGAACAUUUUCCACGCGGCAUUUGAGGGCGUUACCAAGCGCCACAUUCCGUCAUAUUCCAUGCUGGAACAGAAACUCAUUGACGGCUCACACGUUGACAAGUCGGAAGUCCUACAGCUACUGUCAAACGCAGAAAUGGGCACUCUGGCAGAUAAGAUGCGUCUGCUGAUGAUUUAUUUCCUGUCUAGUGGCGCUAGUGGAGCGGAAAUGGCCGAGUUCGAGAAUGCUUAUCAGCAGUGCGCUGCGGAGGCGGAGCAGCCGGAAGCGUACAUGCAGGCAUGGAAGUUCCUCCGAAAACACUCGGCCUUUCAACGACGUGCCAGUGUCGGGGCGAGCAUGCAGUCUGAGAACAGCGCAGGGCCUGAUGGAGGUGUCAAUAUGAGCAAGUUCAAGGGUCUCGCUCAAGGUUUCCUUGCUCAAGCUGCUGCAAGCUUCAAGAACUUUUUGCCCGAGAACAAGAAGCUGCACGUCACGCGUGUUACGGACGCUAUUUGCGAGAUGAAGCCUAGCACGGAGGACGAAAGCUUCCUGUAUUUGGAUCCGAAGAUCAAGGCCAACGGCGACGUGCCCCGACAGCGAUCUCCUUUCCGAGAGGUUAUGGUAUUUAUGAUUGGCGGCGGCAACUACAAUGAAUAUCAUAACCUGCUGGCGUACGCCAAAGGCCAGCAGCCGCCGCGUUCGAUCUGGUACGGCUGCACAGAGCUGCUGAACCCAGAAGCGUUCUUGCACCAGCUCGGCUCCAUCGGUGCUUAA